AUGGCUGGUUCUCAGGUCCGUUGCCUGGAAAGUGAAGAGCCAUAUGUGAAAAUAACAGAAUCAAACCCAGAAUUCUAUUACAGCGAGGGUCAGCGGCUGGCCCUUGAAGCCUUGCUCUCUGAGGGCGAGGAGGCCUUUAAGGAGCGCCUUGCCCAGGAAAAGCUGCGCCCCUUUCUGUCCGAUGCAGAGCUGAAGGAACUGAAGGCAGCUGUGAAAGCAGAAGAUGGGCAAGUGUCUCGGCCAAAUGGAUCGGGGAAACGGACUUUUGGAGAUGAAGGAUCGAGUCUCAGUUACUGGCCGGGACAGUCAGAUGAGCCCACUCCAGACCUGGACCUGGGAUGGCCAGACAACAGUGCAUGGAAAGGGAUUACACGAGCUGAAGUCUAUACACAUCCACCAGGAGAAGGAGAGCCACACAUCAAGGAGCUGAUCCGCAGGUGUAUCCAAGAAGCCAACAAGGUGAUUGCUGUAGUCAUGGAUGUUUUCUCGGAUCCUGACAUCCUUUUGGACCUAUAUGAUGCAGCAGUCAGGCGCCGAGUCCCUGUCUACAUUGUUCUCAGCAGACAACAUCUACCGUCUUUCCUCACCAUGGCUGAGAAAACUUGCCUUAAUGUCCGUCACACAGAGAACCUGAGAGUCCGAAUCAUCAAUGGCUGUACAUUCCAAAGCAGACACCAGAAACAGGUCACAGGGAGCAUGAAAGAGAAAUUUGUACUGCUUGAUGGAGAAGUUGUGAUCACUGGCAGCUACAGCUUCACAUGGACUGAUGCCCGCCUGAACCGCCAUCUUGUCACACGGCUUACAGGAGAAGUGACAGAAGCCUUUGAUCGGGAAUUUCGAACCUUGUAUGCAGCCUCUUGCCCUCUGCCAGUCCUGGAAAUGCCACCUAGACCUCAACUUGAAUCCACAACUCCAUUGCCGAUCACCAAUGGCCCAGAUGCAGCUCCAUUUGUCAGCGUCCUGGAUGGGGUACAGCUGUCCAACCGUAUUGCAGAGCGGCGCUCCGUGGCCCCUCAACCAGUGGCUAAAAGCCGUGCCGGUGAGUGGGAACUAGUAUUAGCCUCACCGGCUACAGCCGAAGACCCCGUGCUACCUGCCCCAUCUCCUGAGGUGUCUAUCCGAAACCGCCUUGCAGCAUGGCGUGGCAAGGAUCUUUCUGGAGGGGGAUUGCAGGGCUCACCUGAUGGACACAGCGCUCUUAGUGAUAUUCUCAGGAACGUCCAGCGGACUCGGCUCUCGGCAGCCAAGACCACAGGGGCCCGUGCAAGCAAGUCACUGUGGGACCUCAGCCGCUUCAGUCAGCUCUCUGGCUCCAGCGGAACAGGAUGGGGAAGGAAUGGGGUGGACUCAGCCGAAGAUGCUAAGAAGUGGGGCUACCAGGACACACCAGCAAAGGAGCUGAUGAAACAACGAGGGGCUGGCCAUACCCCAGAUGACUCAAGGAUGCCCAUCUAUCUAUCACAUGGACGCAUGACCCCUUCCCCUGGCUACUCAGCUUUAGGAAGACUACAAGGACAGCUAUAUCAUCACCCACCUGGUGCAGGCUUACCCCGGGCUUGGGUGCAUCCAGCAAAAGGCCAAUAUGGGCAUCAGCUCCGGUUCUGA